CGGAACAUACAAGGGUCGGCACUUAUUUUAUGUGUCUUUUUUCGGUGGUUAACCUCACUGUCCUUUAAAAUGAUUUGUCACAAAGACAUUGCCACAGAUGACCAAAGAUUUCAUAAAUAUUUAAAAUGGUAUGUCAGGUAAAUUAGCCUUUUUGGUUCAGCUUCUAGAAUGCACUAGCUUAGAAAUUUGUAGACGCGUAUCGAAAUCUUUUUUAGAUUGUGUUGGAGGAGAGCAGUUAAAAAUACAACUAUAGUGCGCUCGUUUACGUGGGUUUUGCGAUAAUUUCAAUGAAAGAUUAUAAUUAACAUUAUUGUUUUAAGCUAUGCCAGAGGAUAAAUAUUCUAGUGUUCAUUUCCUCUUGCCAUGUUGGCUGUUUUUAUACUUUCUACUUGCAAAUUAUUCAUUAGUCAUCGACUUAGCCACUGAGAGAUUGCAUAGGGGAAAUGAUUCAACUUUGAAUUAGCUUUUUCUUGAGUAAUUCACGCAGGUUUCUCAAUGGCUCUCUAUUGCUGUGAACAGAAUUUUGUCCAAAUAUUAAUGCAAAUGAUGUGAUGUUCAUCAAGAGAACGUCAGGGCCGACCAUUGUUGUAAUUGGACCCUCGUCCAUUCGUAUACUUACCAAGUAACUAAUGUACAUGGGUUACAAUAAGGACACUCAAAAAGGAUUUAUCCUGUUUCACCGGACGUUGGAGAGAUUUCAAUAGUAAUGCUGUUUGUUGGUGUUGCAUGAACAAAUGAGAUAUUGAAGUUUAUCUUUCAAGAAAGGUGUCGCAGGUUACGAUAUACUAGCGUAGCUUCAAAACGAUUUGCCUUUCAUGUGACCACGCUGUUCUUUGGUUAACCUCAGCCAUAUUGAUCAUCAAAUCAAGAGUUUUUACAUAAAAGCUUGAGCAGUCGCCAUCGGUUUUAAUAAUGACCGAGACUGACGAACAAGGACAUUUUGACGGAACAGCACCAGUGGCGCUUUUAGCAGGAGUCUGUAGCGCAUUGUUAGGGUUAGUUUCAUUCGCAACAAACAGUGUUCUUCUUUUGACUCUUUUCAAAGAUCCGUAUAAUUAUUUCCGAGCGCGCCCCACGACUUUUUUCGUUGCAAGCCUUUCGUUAAGUGAUUUUCUUGGGGGAGCUUUCGUGCAACCUUUGUACGCAACAUACAUGCUUUGCCUUCCAUGCGGAGUUAAGAUAUCGAACUUAUUCAAGAUUUGUAUGAUUUCUUCUCAUAUUAGCACCAAAAUAUCAAUUUUUACGGUCGUCGCGUUAUCAGUGGAUAGAUUCCUGGCCGUUAAGCUUAUUUGGAGGUAUAGAUCGCUUAUGACAGUCAGAAGAGUCAUUAUAUGUAAUAUAUUAAUAUGGCUUUUUUGCGGACUAUUUGAAGCAUCGCACUCGACUAGUAUAUCAGAAGAAAUACUCCACUUAGUGGAUCUUCAUCUUCAAACAACAGUUCCACUGGCUAUACUUUGCGUUGUCUACACAGCGACUUACAUUGAAUUUCGUCGAUAUUCAAGAAACGUUACGAUCUUGCAUCAGGACAGUGGUGGGAGAAGGCGCUUUUUUGUUCAGAAUAUCCGAUUGGAGAAAAGGAUUGUUUUGACAAUUAUCGUGAUCAUAAUCGUGCUCUUCAUAUCACUUAUGCCUUACCUAAUUGUUACUAACUUGGUAGAGCAGUGUCGCGAGGAAGAAAGCGAUGUGUGUAGUAGAGCAGCCUUUAAAGUAACAAGAGCUCUGUCAAUAUCGAUGUUGUGUGUCAGCUGCGCUGUAAAUCCGUUUGUAUAUGCGUGGAGAAUACCGCAGUACCGAGAGGCGCUGAAAGCUGUUUGGCGUGCAACUUUCAGCCGAUGUAGGCGACAGAACCGAACCACACGUAGAAGUGCUCUGGCGUCUGAAAGGGUAAUUGAACAGAACACUCCCGCAAGGGAUCAGAUUCAACCAAAGAAUGACUGACUGAAAUCGCCAAGACUUGCGCACGAGAGUUUAAGGCUAUAAUUUCUAUUCAGGAUUUUGUACUUUUUUUCUGGAAGGGUUAUCGUUGUAAAAAUUCUUAGGCUUGUUUCAAGAGCUCAAGACCUAGUUUUUAAAGCUCGAGUGUAAAAUGUCUCAAAGACGAAUUUGAAAGCUUAACGAUGAAAAGAAAAACACAUUUCAAUCAUCCGCAUUUUUCAUUACUUUUUCGGGAUGAGGCCAAAUAAAAACUAUGGAAAUUUGA